CGAAAAUCAGCUGCCUGAAAAAUUUAAUGUUUUUAUUCAGUACCACCCUUGUUUUCAAUCCUCCUUCAAGUGAUAAUAGUUUUAACAAAAUGUUUACCUAAAUUUCGUGUCGAAACCCACUGCCUGGACUUGACAAUGCAACCGGACGACCUGUCGAUGCCUCGAUCCAACAAUGGGAUUAAGGAAAAGCUGAAUAUACACCUUAAAAAGCGACUUCUGGAAACCAGUAAUUCUUCGGAGCCGACCGCACCAUCAGCAACAAACCAUCAUCAAGCUGAGACAUCAUCAAAGAUCAUCGAAGCACCCCUCGGCCCGGCUCCUCCAUUACCAAAGAUCAAAAAGCAAAAGACAAAGCACUUGGCACGAAAUGUUUCAACGACGCAGCCGAACACUAGCGCCACCACUGUUGUUGGAACUAGCCGAGCAAAACAGCAAUCGGCUAUGUCCGCAGCCAUAACAUCGCCACCGGAAGUGCACCUUUCGCCCGGAAAUGGAAACAACAGCAAUGAUAGCAGUUUUAAUUCGGCUGACAUGGACCCGGAAGCCGGCACAUCCAACGAUGGUCAAUCGCAAACGGACAAAAGCGGCGCCCCGGGGAAAAGCAACGCAAAACCAGACAUUUUCAGUAUGAUUCUGAACGAGAAGAAAAGUUCGCUCAUGAGGGAUCCGGAGGUGAUAAAGUUUCUGCAGGAGGCGUUGGCGAAACGGAAAUAAAGUUCUUCAGUUUCGGAAAAAAACAUUUUUAUGCUUCGGAAAGUUCCCUUAUUAGAAAGAGCUUAACCAUUUUCUCAAUCGUUAUUAACUCAAAAGUAGUUGUCAAAACCCA